CUGUCUACAUGUGGGGUGGACGGGGUUGACAUGAACUGUCCCACAGUCCCUCCCACUGGGUCUGGUAUUCAGGUACAGCUCCCUCCCUCUUUCUAUAAAGCCUCUCAUGUUUGCAGUGUAAACUUCAGACUUCAACUCAUGGUAAACUCUUUACAACCUUGGAAAAAAACAAAACAAAACACCAAAAUCUGCUAAACUGUAAACAACACACUUGGAUGUGCACCAUAAAUUCUCCUCAUCACGUUGUAAGUUAGAGCCUGAGCUCCCAGCCAAAAUGAGAUUAGCCCUGCACACUGUCAUCUGCUGCUGUGUUUUCACCAUGGUGCUGCCACUGGUUAAAGGUGCCACAGGGGACUUCAACAGCAGCCUGAAAAAAAGGUUCAGAGUAUGGAUGCAGAGCCGUAUGAGGAGAGACCUGCGCAACAGUGUCGAGACAGCCAGUGAGCAGUACUCUGACAUCCACAUGGGACCACAGCAGGACGGAAAUGCGAAAACUGUCUCACUCUCAUCAAGCUUUGGGUUAAAUAUCAGACCCAGGAGGUCAACAUCAACCAAAUCAUCCGGCUGUGUCCUAUUCACAUGCUCAUACCACGACCUGCUCCACCGACUGCACCAGAUUAGCCAGCAGAAAGAUGCCAAUGCCCCUGAGAACAAGAUCAGCUCGAAAGGCUACGGGCGCCGACGCCGCUCACUCCCGGAUGUCACUCAGCUUGCCCUCCUGACAGGAAGACAGAGAUGGAGCACUGAAGCUGGUCAACGAGUCUACAUUCACAAACGCACAGGCACAGUGGCCUAAGACCGGCACGGAAAGGCAGAGGAGAAUCCUUGUUGGGGUUAUUUGCUCACAGCAGAUGAAGAUAAGUCCCCUCAGAGGUUUUUUUCCAGAGACUUACUACUAGAUAUGCAGAAAGAACAGCUGCUCUAUCUGUACAGCCCAUCAGAGGAAACUUUGCUCAGGUCACUCUGGGAGAUUCCACUAAUAGAUACUGUGUGUGCAUGCUUAGGUGCAGGUUUCAGUAUGUCUGAACAAGUGUGUGAUUUAUGGUUGAAUUCAAGUCAGACCUGUGGGACUUCACAGGAAUGUCUGUCUCUUCUUUAGCUUCCAAAGUGAACUUGGCUGCUGAGACUGAAGACAAUUCCUGAAGAUCUUCUCCGAAACACUCAUGAACUGAGGAGGAACCGAGGCUGAGACAGGGGAGUCUUUUUUUUUUUUUUUUUUUUUUUUCCUUAUGAAACUGACAUUACUGGACCCCAAACUGUCACACGCAGGAUUCUCCCAACAAGGAACUGAAUAGGAUGAACUGCUUGUAAAGUGCAAUUUAUAAAAUACGUACUAAGCAUAUUCAUAGUUAAAAAUGUAAUUAACAGCUUGUAUAUAAGGAAAUAUAAAGUUACCUUAUAUUUAAUCAUAUAAUACAACUAUAUUUUUAUACAGCCAAUACACAUAUUAAACAUGUUAUUUUUAACUUCAAUGAAGUAUCUGGUGUAUCGUAACUGUGUAAAUAGUUAUUUUGUCCUAUAUUCUUCAUGUGCAUUAAGUAUCUUAUCACUGAGUUAUGUGUUAUAUAAACUGCGUUAUUGUGUUGAUUAUACCUUACUGGAAAUUAAUCAUAUUAGAGACAUUUUAAGGUCAUUUGUUUGGAUGGUGAAAGUCAAACAUGAAAUUGUAAAAAACAAAAACAAACAAAAAAAAAAACCCAACUCAAGCAAAAGGGGUUAGUUAGUUUUUGGCUGGACUUUGGAUGUCAUGGAAAGUGACUGAGAGUCUCUUUUUACUAUAAACUAGAAGAACCGAUGAUCUGAUCAAAGUGUUGUGCUGCCAUCUAGCUUUAAAGUAGGCUACAUGUUAACAAAUCAAGGCCAAGCUAUUUUGAAAUCAAUGUGGCCUCAACAAAGCACUUAGUAUGUUAAAUGUUUCAUCUUAAAAGCCUUAGUUUUGACAUUUAUCUGCUUCUUUAUUUGAAUGUAAUAAAUCCUAAUUUAGCCAUAAUUCAGUUGAAAUUACUUGAAAUGGUAUUAGGUAACAUGAUUUGUGUCCUCUUGUGGUAAACACAGCAGGAAUUGUAAUAGUUUUCAGCUGGCAGUGAAGUCCUUGUUUCAGAAAUAAAUGAAUGAACUUAAAGCAACUUUGAUGUCAUUUGGUGACCUAAUACUAGUAAUAUUCUGCUUGUGCGUGUGUGUGUGUGUGUGCCAGUGUUAGAGGAUUCACAGGCAACACAGUGUCCUGUGUAAUUUUAUGAUGUACGUGUAGAAAACAGGAUUAAACCCUGAGUUUUUAAAGUCAAAAAAGCUGUGCAUGCCAUUCUAAAAAUAAGAACUUCAUCAGAAGAAACGUCUAAAAGCAACACAUGAAAUUAAAUUAAUUUGACUUGGGCCGACAUACAAUUGUGUAAUCACGACAUUUCAGCAAUAUUAAUUACCCUUUGGCAAAGACAAAAUCUAAGUUUUGAUGAAUGGACAGCAGUGUGUUCCUCAGCAAAUCAGGAACACUGAGGAGGACCAGAUAGAAAUAUUAAAUCACUAUGGAAUUUGACCUCCACUGAUAGUGCAGAGUGGCCACUCUCUCCGGAAAUUACACAC